AUGAAGAUAUUUGUCAUCCUUUCACUAUUCUGCUACUCUUUGGCUCAUACUGUGCUUCUUCCUCCGCAUGGAAUUGAAUGUUUUUUUGAAGAUUUGAGGAAGAAUGAUGAGUUGUCCAUUUCUUUCCAGGUCGGUGACAGAAACCCUCAAUCGACAGACCAGCUGACUGCUGACUUUUUAAUUACCAGUCCCAGUGGAACAGUUAUCAGGAAUACGAAGGGCAUCUCUCAUGGAACUGAAUCUGUCGUCGCCAACGAGAAUGGUAAAUACAAGUAUUGCUUCUCCAACAAAGAUAGCCCCAUUACCACCAAAGAUGUCACUUUCAACGUUCAUGGAGUUGUUUAUGUGGACGUUAAUGAUCCCCGAUCUGAGAGUGUUGACAUGUCUGUGCGUAAGUUUCAAGAAUUGGUACACGAUGUGAAGAAUGAGCAAGGAUACCAAGUUGUCAGAGAACGUACGCAUAGAAACACCGCUGAAUCCACCAACUCCAGAGUCAAAUGGUGGUCUGUUUUCCAACUAAUAAUCAUUGCUUCAAACUCAUUGUUCCAGAUCUACUACCUCAAGAGAUUUUUUGAGGUCAAAACUGUUGUAUAA